CCCUCCCGCGUAGCCUUCCCUACCCCAAUUUCAGUUGCUGCGUACUUCAUUUCCUCGAUGCUGUCAGUCCCCCGACCGCUGCUGGCUAGAACGUUCAGGGCCUGCGCACUGUAAAUAGCAUCUUUGAACGUGUGUGUGCCGACGAGUUGCACAUCGUGCGGUCGAGUCGUCCGUCUGUCAACGCGCCGCUGAUACUUUGCGACGUCGACUGUGGUUUGUUGUGAGCUGUUCCCCAUUACCUUGGUGUUGGUUCUGCCAUGUGGUUUGCCCUGGCGCGACCAAUUGCUUCGAGUCAAUCAGCGGUCACAUUUAGGCUUGGUGUCAUGGCCCAGGAACGCCUGAAAACCAUUGUUGGCCACCUCAAAGGUGGUGGCAUUAACAAUGUCAUUAGCAUGUUUGAGGACAAGAACAUUCUGGAAGAAGUCAACAAGAAGAUUGCCGCUGCACAGUCAAAAGGAGGCUUCCGCUUUACUCUCGACAGUUGUCGACUGUCAGAUGAGCAGCGGCGUUUUUACGAGGACAAUGGCUUCAUCAUCAUGCGCAAUUUGGUUUCCUCACGGGACCUUGAAACCUACAAGAAGCGGUUCCAGGACAUUGCUGAUGGCAAGUUGAAGGUGCCAGGCCUGGUGGUGAUGAAGGACAUCUCCAAGGUGGAUGCAGAUCACAGCGAGCAUGUUGUCAACAAGUUGCAAGAACUGUACAUGGACGAAGUACUGUUUAGCUAUUGCACUCUGCCACAGAUCCUGGACUAUGCAAGCUCAUUCUGUGGGCCCAAUUUGACAGCAGUUCACACAAUGCUCAUCAACAAGCCGCCAGACACGGGGGCCUUGACAUCACGUCACCCGCUGCACCAGGACCUAUACUACUUCCCGUUCCGGCCAGCAGACCGCAUCGUCUGUGCGUGGACGGCCCUGGAGAAAGUGACACGCGAGAAUGGCUGUCUCGUGGCCAUCCCUGGAUCACACCACGGAGAGUUGCUGGAGCACGGCUACCCAGAGUGGGAGGGUGGUGUGAACAAGAUGUACCACGGAGUCAAGGGCCUGGCGGACAGUGUGUUCGACAAGCGUGUCCACCUGGAGAUGGAAGCCGGUGACACUGUGUUCUUCCAUCCGGUUCUCAUCCAUGGGUCAGGCGCUAAUAGGACCAAGGGUUUUCGCAAGGCCAUCUCGUGUCACUACGCGGCCUCUGAGUGUGAGUACAUAGACGUGGAAGGCUCUGUCCAGGACCCCAUUGCCGAAGAAGUGCUUGAGAUCUUUCACAAGCGCUUCCCAAACAUUCCUGUGAAGAACUAUGCGGAUGUGUGGAAGUUGAGGGCCCGCCACGUUCGAGGCCAGGAAGGGAAUCUUUAAGUUUCACAUGAUGCCAUCGUGGCGGUACAUACAGUCUUCAAGCUCAAGAACUUCCAGUCAAGAAGAGCAACUUCGUUAUUCCCUAGUACCGGCAAUGUCUAGCUCUUAUUUUGGGGCAUUCAUAUGUAAGAUCAAAUGGGGUUUGAUGGGAUCGUUUUAAUUUCAUGUGGCUUUCUCACUGUGAAUUCGAAGCAGCACUGUCGCAAGAUUUCAAAGCUGAAUUACAGGUGCUGAUCAGCUUGGCACUGCUCAUGACCAAGCAUUAAUGGUGAAGAGACAGUAGAAGACAUUUUAUGUUGAAGACCAUCAGGCCAUCUGCCUUCAAGUUGCCUCAUGAUAUAGACUUCGAAGUAGCACGAAGGUAUCUGGUGGUGUAGGCAGGUUUUCAUGACAUUCAUGUAGCUGUUGCAUGUGAUGUGGAUACAAGUACGCAGGCAGAGUACAGAAUGCCAGCCUCAAGACAAACACUUGUGCCUGUGCUACUUCUCCUCUGCCCCUUAUUUUCCUUAGAAAUGAGAAGAAGCAUUGGCUGCACUAAAAAUAAGCUUGUAAUAAGACAGGGGCUGUCUGGAACUCUGUCGCGUGAGUUACUUGUUAUCACGGGUCUUACCCUUCGGUGGUGCAGUGUGAACUCUUCUAUGCACGAGUGCGGUUUAUAAUACUACCACAUCACAACCUGCUGUGGUUACCAGGCACAAUGCGACAUAAUGACACUCUUCAUUGCUUUCGAAAUUGAAACACAAAUGAGCUGCAAUAGAAGAGCAUGCAAUUAAUUGUCACACUACCUCAGUUAUUGUGUCAAUAGCUACUGAUUGCAACAAAAGAGAACUACCAUUUGUGCCUGUACGCAUUCAAAAGGGCCUUGCAACGGCUUUUAAGACAGGAGUGCUAUUUGUUAUCAAUGUGCAUCACCUUGUUAACUGCCAAGAGCUUUUGAAUGUGCCUCGUAUGAGAAGAGUUAUUGGCUAUCAUGUGCUGUUCUUGCCUUUGGUGUCCCUACUGUGUUCAAAGCUGUGCCAAUGUUGCUGCCGAUGCUAUGGUGUACUGGAAUAGGGCAGUGUGUCAUUUGACGGCAAAAAAGGCGGCCCUUUUUGCAAUAAUGGCCUGGGGUGCUGGAUCACCGUCUAUCUUUUUCCUUCGCAUUUUUUUUCUUGACAAACCGGGCAAAUAGCAGCAUGAAGUCUUUUAUUGAAUGAUCCAAAACAUAAAUUAAGAUUUUGCUGCAUAAUUUCAGCAAGAACAAAGCAAUAAUAAAUGUGAAAUCUUUUUGAAGAAGUUUUUGAAGGAAGAACGCAGAUCACAUGUAGGUGCAACAAAGGGCUUCUGGGAUCAGCAGUUGCAGUUAUCGCAGAGGCCUAUGUUUAUCAUGCCCGUUCAUGUGCAGAGCUUGCACAUUGCUUGCUGUAGUUUGUUUCAAAGUUUAUUGCUUCAGUGUGGCUACAUAUUUUGAUAGGUAUGAAAUACAAAAGGAAGUCCCAUAGUCAAAGACUCUGUUGGGACCUCCGGUCAAGGUUAGGUGGCGAGAGGAAUUGCUGUAUGGCAGCAAAGUAAAGCAAUAUCAGGAGACUAACAUACAGGUCAAAAAGUAGAACAAAUAUGAGACAAGUUGAGUGGAAAUACACACACGCACACACACAAAGAAAGAAAUAAAACAAGCAAUAAAGAAGUGAAGUGUGUGAGUAUGAACAGAUGUAUAUCAAAUGUGAACUACAUGUAACUGGCAAGCAUAACGAAAACAUACAUGUAUUGUAAUACCAAGGCGCAUCAGUUGCAAAAAAAAAAAGGAUGAAGAAAAUAUGAGCAAUAUACGUGAAAAUACGCUAGGGUGCCAGCCUAGAAGAAAGUCUCAAAAUCAAUGUGAUACGUGAGUAAGAACAACAAAAGGACGCACAGCAAUUAGAGCAAAUUAAUAAGAACAUUUUAAGAUCAUUUUCAAAUUUGUAUGUGGUCUUACAUUCUCUUAUAACUGAAGGCACGGAGUUCCACAGUAAGAUGCAAGAAAAAUUAAAUGUGAAUUUACCAUAAUAGGUGUGCACUCUGGGCAAGAUAAAAUUUUUUUAGAUGCAAAUCUCGCAAUGUUAGCAUUCAGUAAAGAUGAUUCUGAAAUUAGGUCAACUGGGAGCUGAUUGCUAAUCAGCUUAUAAAACAAUAUGCCCAAAUUAUAGUGAAUUAUCUGAGAUAGGGUGAGCAUGUUAUUACUUCUGAGCAGUUCUCUUGCAUUAGCACUGUAAGAGCUUUAAGUUAGUACCCUGAUGGCUUGAUUUUGAAUGAUUUGCAAUGAGCUGACAUGAGUAUUAUAUGUGUGUCCCCAAGACAGCACAGCAUAGUUGAUAUGUGAAUAAAUAAAUGAGUAAUAGAGUGACAAUAGUGUGUUAAGGUUGAAAUGGGAAUGUGCUCUGUGUUGCCACACUUGUGUGUUUUGGUAUAAGCAUCGCAGGCACCACUGCUGUCAUAAGUUCCUUUUGUUUACUUUUUAUUCGUUCCUCCCAAACAGCUAGUGGAAGUUUGGGAUUCUUUAGUCAGGGCACUCUCCGCUGUGUUCCUGCCCUUUGGUGUGCCUUGCAGAGGUCUACGAAAUAGUGAUGGCAUUUGUCCCACCUGAUCAUUGUUUUUUGUUUAGCGAAACUGCUAUUCCGGCUGAAACUAUACUAGUGCAGCCCAUCUGGCACAAUGCAGAUGUUCUUUCUGAACUGUCUCACCCUUGUGUAUUUCUGCGUAUAAUUCCAAACUACUUUGAAAACAAAAGCAUAUAGCAUUCAUAUAAACAGAUGAGCAGCACUUGUUUGCCCUGCUGCAGUCAAAACAAUGUUAUGCAGACAAUAAGGGACACAGGCGGUUGAUUAGAAAUGUACAAGCGUGGAUGUAGCCUGAUUUCUUCCCAUUUUCUUUGUUCUUUAAUGUAUUUUAAAUUUUCAUUUAUUUAUUAUACGCAAACUAUGGUUGAAUCCUGUUUUGACAGUGUUUGCGUUUAUAAAUGCAGACAGUGUUGCACCACAAUGUAUAUAUUGGGGACUAAGUACACCAGCUGCUCACAGCACCCAUUUGGUGACAUAAUCACGAAAAUGACCAAGAUCCUGUCGCUGUUUUGCAUUGUGGACAACACACUGCCCCAUUCCAGUAUAGCAUACCGAUGCAGAGAAAUGCCCGCAUUGCUCCAUUCAUCUUCAUGCUGUCCUUUGGUGCUGGCAUGGCCUCCAAGGAUGCGCAGAUUGGGAUUAUCUGGAUCGGAGCAAGAUCGUGAUUAAAAAUGGCCAUGUACAGCACUGGAUACGAAUUGGGCCUGGUCGCAGUCGAAGGUCACUGUGUGACACCAGUACUGCACAUGAUGAGAAAGUUUUGUUCUAGUAUUUUUCUUCGUUACUAAUGGCUCUGUGCUACUGCACAUGUGGAUAUAUGUUAAUUUUCAACAUGUGAUAUAUUUUUUAAAUGAAUGUCCAAACCCUCUAAACUACAGAAGUAUUAACCAAGCACCAGAGCGGCCUAAAUAAUCUACAAUACUUGCUUCUACGAACUCGUAAAGUGAAUGGAUCAUGACCGCGAUAAAUUCACUCGCUCCUUUCAUAUGACCGCUGCAGACGCCACUCGUUAGGGCAUCCUGAAGAUAUAUGUGCAGCACUUUUGUUUACUUUCUUAUGAGCAACACUAUCAUACCUAGCCUUAUUGCCACGUGAUGUCAGAAAAUUUUGCUGUGUUAUGACAAUGUUGAUGACACCAAGUCUGGUGUUGCGAGUCUACUUUAAUGUCAGAUUAAAAUAUCCGAGUGUUUCCCAGCUUUAACACUCACUUAAUGUGAUCUUUCUAGGUGCAAGAAGCAUGGGUAGAGUUCAUAAAACUUCAAAAGAAAAUACUCCUUUAAAGAAGUGACAUUUCAACAUGAAAAUUUGACUGGCUUAUGAUCUCACAGCAAUGUUUAAUUCCUUCGUUUUGAAUUACUAUUGCAAAUUGGCACAGUCAAAGCACAGGUGUACAGCUAAACGAAUCAAAUUCUGGGUUUUUUUUGCCAAAACCACGAUAUGAGGCACUGCGUAGUGGGGGACUCCAGAUGAAUUCCGACCAGCAGGGGAUAUUUAACGGUUUUUUGCAUUUCGCCCCCGUUAAAAUGUGGCCAGAACUUGAUUCCUCGUGCUUAGCAGCGCAACACCAUAGCCUCUAAGCCACCGCAGGGGGUUGGUGUCCACGACGUUCUGUGACCGACACUUUUUAACUUGAGUCGUCUCGACUGUCGAUUAUUGCAUGCAAAUGUGCGAGCCUUCCUUCCAUGAAAGAUAUAAACUCCUGCUCAAAUUCGACGCUUUCAGUGGUGGUCCAGCCAGUUUUAGAAUUGGAGCAAUUUCUGGAGCAAGAAAAAAGCUGUUUUGCAGCAAUUUAGGAGCAGCCACAUUAGCAUUUUGUAGCAGUCCUGUAGCACAAAAUUUUGCGUUUUGGAUCAGUUGGAGCAGGAGAAAAGCAAGUGCAUGACAUUUGGUGCAGCUACUACACAGUUGUUAAGCACUUCUUUACAGCAAGUGGACACAAGCAAGACAGACUGACGCAGCCAUUUAGCUCGCGUGUCCAGAGCAGAAAACGUUGCAAACAAACUUUAUUUGCCUGCGUAAAUAGCACUUCUAGACUACUGAGAAUAGUUUUGUGCAAUCAUACAUAAUACAAAAGUGACUAUCAAUGCAGAAAAACAAUUUUGUGCAACAACAAUGCUAUCUGCGGGCCCGAGGUGUCGACGCUCGAUGUGCUUAGUCGCGCAGUCCGAAGUGCCGAUGCGCGAAAUGCCUAGCCGCAGGCUUGAGGAGUCGACGCUCGAUAUGCUUACUUGCGAAUUCAGAAACAUCGAGUGCUGAAAGGCUUAACUGCGUGUCCGAUCAAGGAUUCCGUGUGCGAAGCUUGGUCGCGAAGUCCAAGCUCGGAAUGCUUAGCCGCGGGUCUGUCCACAAACGGAGGGAUCGGCCGCGCUACUGCGAUGUACACGUAGCGCCCAAGGCAAAGGUGGCGCUUUGGCACAAGUUGCAUUUCGGUGGGCGCAGCUAGUCGCAGACAAGUAGAAUUGUAGCAAAAUGGCGCAAAUGCGCAGUUGGACCACCACUGCGCUUUGUAACCUACUACUUGGAGGUAUUUUGAAAGGCAAUGGCAAUCAGGGGUGCAUAGAAUUGCAUGACACUUUGUGAAUACAUCUGCCACCUAAAGCGACUGCUCUCUCAAUCUUAGCUUCAUUAUAGCCUGCUUAUAGCCUUAUUUCUGGUGUAUAUAUUUCUUAUGACAUGUCAGGAAUAGUGGUGUACACCCUCCCGCAUUUUUACCUAAAUCGCCCGAGCGUCUAUCACGCGUCAUUUUAGUGCCUUUAAGCGGCGAUAAUCAGCGAGACCGGCAGAAGUACUCUCAAGUGCACUAAGCACUCUCCUGUGCAAGAGUUUUCUAAUGCGAUGUUCCCUUCAGGAUGACGUACGACCAUAUUAUAGUGUUCUCGCAUGAUAUAUCUAAGAAUGCGGGAGGCUGUACAUGAAGUUUCUGCAGGUGUCGAUGCAAACAGAUGAAGCUAGCUGUUGUCUCCAUUGCAUGUAAGUGAACUUGCACCAUGUCUUUACAGCUAUGGCACCUUGCAGGUUCAGUUUCAAGUUGCCAAGCCUACAUUCCUGUGGUGUAAAAAUGCUUUCUGGUGCAAAUCAUAAUUAACCUGUAGUUCUCUACUUAGGCAUUUUUCAUAGUUUAGGGUUAGAAUAUAAAAAAUGAACCAGUCGCUCGGAGAGAAGUUGGUGAUUCAGUGUGAUUAUAAAACACAUGCUGGACGUACAAAAGUUACAUUUGUUCUUGCUGCACAUCACUCUUACAAUGGUCUAUAGCGUGUACGUAUCUCGUUCAGAAGUUUGCAGCAGAUUUAAUAAAAAUUUUUUUUAUAUUCUGCAUCAUCAUAUUUAGUUGCUUUUACAGAAUCAAAUGACACACUGAUGUUUCCGAGUAGUUUGAAAUUUGCAGUUCAGCAACACAUUCGUGCAAAGUGUGAAACUUGGGUGAUCUUUAGACCAAGGGCAUCCAGCAAAGUAUACUUCAUGACAACACAAAUAUGUCACAAAGUGCCUUUAUAUAAUAUUGCGUGCCUGUGAGAAAUGUACACUAAUUUGAAAAGCAAUAAAGAUGUUUUAUUUUUCUGCAUUA